CCUUGAAUUACUGCAUCAUCACCCUGUGCUUUAUAACUCGCCAUGUCUUUCACAUUCUUUGUCACAAAUUCCAUAUCGUUCUUUAUCUUUCUCUCUCUCCCUUUGGUAACACUGCAUAGUUUUUGGCCAACAUGGUGCAAUCAAGGAAAUUCAGAGGUGUGAGGCAACGCCAUUGGGGCUCGUGGGUUUCUGAGAUUCGUCACCCAUUAUUGAAAAGGAGGGUGUGGCUUGGGACAUUCGAGACAGCUGAGGAAGCAGCAAGAGCAUACGAUGAAGCAGCCAUUUUGAUGAGUGGAAGAAACGCUAAAACAAACUUCCCAGUUGGUGAAAACCAAGUGGUGAAUCACACUGCUUCAUCUUCUUCCUCCUCCACCACUACAUUGUCUGCAGUUCUGAGUGCAAAGCUCAGGAAGUGCUGCAAAUCACCCUCUCCUUCCCUCACUUGCUUAAGACUUGACACUGAAAAUUCCCACAUUGGGGUGUGGCAGAAGAGAGCAGGCCCUCGUUCUGACUCUAGCUGGAUCAUGAUGGUUGAGCUGGAAAAAAGGAAUAGCGACGUUGAUCAUGAUCAUGAUCAUCCCCAUGACCAUGAUCAUGGUCAUUCUAACCAUGACUAUGAUCGUGAUUAUGAUCAUGAUCAAGAUCAAGGUCCUUCUUCUAAUUCUGAAGUUCCUGUAGUUGAUCAUCAUGCCCCAGAAAAGAUAAAGCCUGAGGAAGGUAAUGGCAUAGAUGAGGAGCAGAGAAUGGCUCUCCAGAUGAUAGAGGAGCUUCUGAAUAGGAAUUGAGGUGUAUGAACAUCCUCAUUCCAACACUGCUAUGGUUCAUUUUCACUUAGUUUCUUUGUCCCACCACAUAGAAAAGGAUAGUGAGAGUGGUACUGCAUUGAUUUGGUGAAUGAGGAUGUUAAGUUUAAUGUUUGUGGCUGUGAAUGUCUCCAAUGUGUGUGUAACUACCUACUACCUAGUUCUGUUCAAACUUCUUUUUAUUUCCUCUGUAAAAACUAUUCCUUGCUUUAAAUAUUUUUUAUGAUAUCUCUUGUUAUGAAUGCAUGAAUGUAUGAAUGAAAUGAUGAAUAACUUUUAGCUUUUUAA